AUGUUGGAUCGCUUGCCGCCAGAGAUUCUACACCGAAUAAUCCUAUUCUCGUGUCCCUUUAUCUCACUCAGCGUCACGCCUUUCCCACCUCCCACGCUCCGCCAUAAGAAACCAUGUUCCAAUGGCCAAGAUAGCGUUAUCCCCGCCGAAACCUCCAAUGACUGCACGUCCCAACUGUCACAUGCUACCUGUUCUAAGACACAGGAAGACACAGUGGGUGAGCAAGAGGCGGAAUAUGGACCCAACGACGCACGCUAUGUGUCUGAAUAUUUUGACACCCGACCACCGACGAUUCUCGCUAGACUCGCAAGGACGUGUAAGCGAAUAUACGAAGAAGUGCGAUAUAUAGAUGGGAAUGCGUGGUUGUAUGCCCAAGUAUUUGAGCGUUCGAUGGAUUUCGACGCGCCAAGGAGACGAUUGGGGGUACUGUGGGCUGGUCCGCAUGGGAUUGCGUGGGAGGGACGCAAGAGGUGGGCGGCAAUUCGACGCGUGAGGAAUGCCAUUCGGAUUUGGUUGCGCGAUGGAUACCGCUCCACGACAUGGCAGGCUUACUACUCCGAGUCGGAUUUGCUCGCGGAUCUCUGGACAUUCUAUUUCAUGCUGCUGGAAAACGACGGCAAGAAUGCCGUCCUGAUCACGCUUGGGGUGCGGUUCACUUCGUUUCUCGAGAUGAUGUGUGCAGUCUUCUUUGGUCGGGCAAUGAUUCGAAGACCGGGUUGGCCAAAAGAGACGCCCGAGCGAGCGUUGUUGGUAUGGUUGCUUUGGGCUGUGGAUCCAUCGCCGGACGAGUUCUUAGACCCCGAGCUCUUCCAUAAGACCAAGUCUGCGAUGCGCGCAUUUGUCUUUGCAUCGUUUAGAUACUCGCUUGGUAUCUUUCCACCCACGUAUCUUCAUCACCCAGUCGCUCUCGACCCCUCAAAAUGGUCCCACCAGAUCCCACCAACCGCACUUCUACCCUACCCGUUGAACCCUUAUACGUCUUCGCGUUAUGCGUCAUGGACACCGCCUCUAGACGCUCCAGUUUACCAAUACUCCAAUGAUCCGCUAUAUGCGAUUACAAUCUAUGCGCGCACCAUCUACAUCUACCAACCCAGUCUCGCAGUUGGUGCGCUACUGUGGUACUUUGGUGGUGCGGAAGACGGGACGGAACACGAUCCAUCGCUGGCGACAAGGAACAGAAUGAUGGACAGCCCAACUGAAGAGGAAGACGCGGUUGCAGAAGUUCACUUUGCCAGCAAUACACGUAAUAAUCAGACACAGAGUUCGACGAGUCGUACAGACUCGGUCGGCUCUUCACCCCGGGCAGGUGGCGUAGACGAAAUCGACCCCUCAGCCCUGACAAGCAAGACUCUUUCGCUCACACAAAGUACCACAACGAACAACACUAGUACAACGUUCAGCAGCUUUGCUUCCCUCGCGCGCUUCAUACCCGCGUUACGAGAUCACCAUGGGUGGACAACGCCGCUCCUUUUCGCUAUCCCACCAGAGGUUCAGCUCGAUGCCUCCGCAUUUCUUCCGCAGCAGAGACCUCCUCAGCCGCGGUUGAAUAAAGUGUUUCGCAAUGCGCUGUGGAAGCGAGGGUUCAAUGUCGCGAGCCGUCAACUUGAACAAGAGUGGACAAGGAGACUGGAGGGACAGAUGAGGUUCCAGGGACCUGGGCCUGGGAGCGGCGUCGGAGUGCCGAAUGGGUUCAUUCCUGGGUCGUUGGAGGGGACUUGGGAAGGUGGAUUCCUCUUUGUCGAAUUCGAAGAGUAUGCUCAAUUCCUUACUGGGGAACGAGAAGCGGAUACCAAUUUCUACAAUUGCACGUCGGACAAGCUAUACGGGAGGAACCGACAAGUUUGGAAGUUGAAAGAGUACGAGCUCCAGACUUAUCCAGAGCCUGCCUCGCAUCUUUCCCCAUCAACGAGCAGCAAUGCGCCGCGUUCGAUGAGCCCAGGUGGGAGGCAUAACUCGCCUUCUUUUGCUGCAAAAUUCGCGGCAAGUCACCCAGACACCGCGUCUCAUGCGGCUUUCCUCGAAUCGAAUCCACCGCUGUCAGUGGGCAAGUGGAAAGAUGGUUGGUUGCCGCCUGCGGAGACGUUGGAGUGGCGCUUCCCAGACGAUGGAGGUGACGAGUUGGAGAUUAUUGAGACGGUACCGCUUUAUGGUCCUACCAGUCUUCCACAGGAGUCCACGACAUAUGAUGCGACUAUUCCCUCGAAUUCUGGUGUCGCGAAUGGGGCUCUGUCUUCAAGGAGUCAGUCGCUGGAUGCAGACGGAGAGUGGGCUAGCGAGCAGGCAGGGCUCGCUGGAAAAGUGCGUGGGCGGGUUAAUCAGCGUACCCGCCCACCAAAUCUUCUUCCUACGCUUUCCGAUGCGUCAACUGCGACGAAUGGAACCAUUCCAACGAUCACACCUGGAAGCUAUGUGAUUGAAAGAGAGGCUAGCGAUAUGACAACGGACGUAUCUGUUACACCAAUGGGUAGGAAUAUCAAUCUUCAGCCGGAAGGUCCUCUAGGGAAUACAAGUCCACUGCCUCUUGUGGUCGCGGCGCGUGCUCCCCCAUCUGGGGCAGAUGUGGACAUUGCUCGCUCGUCAUCAUCACCGCCAGCACAUGGUGCCACAUCUUCGACACCAACUUCCCCACUGCCUUUAUCACCACCUUCGACGGCUACCAGCCCGACGUCUUCUCCACGCUCUCCCGAUGUGCGAUCAUCAUCUGGUGCAGGAGUCAAGUCGAGACCCUUUAGUUGGGGAUGGCGGAGCAAGAGUAAAAAGAAGGACAAGCGGCAGAGUGGUGGGUUAUUGGGCUUUGCAUCUUCUACCUCGCAUCGCGACAAGGAUACCCCGUCAUCUGGAGAGGAAGGAGAUAUCUCUUUCCCUGUUCCUCCGAAGGUAAAUGGACAGGAGAAACCUCUACCACCUGUAUACGGUCGCGACGAAUUGCCCUUGCAGACAAAUGGGGAAUUGUCAGUUCCAAUGCCGAUACCAGUCGAAGAGAAAACUCCUCGACAACAGCUCCGUCGUGAUACGCUCGAAACUGCUCCAGACUCGAUCCUCGAUAACGUGAGGGUGAGCGAGAGCGUGCAAGAGGACGCGCCUCUCACGUUGGAUGAUGGAAACGCCUUGCCGCAACAGGAAGUGAGGUCGGUCCAAAACGUGUCCAAGUAUGUGCGGUGGGACCCAAACGUCGCGUGGGCCAAAUAUGCGAUAUGGGGUCCGAAUCCUCCUGUCGCCAUAGGCAGCUCGUCAACGUCUGCUACUGGAUCGAUGAGCCAUUCAAGUGCAUCCACCAAUAUCCGGGGUUACCAGCCGCAGUAUGCUCAGAGCGCCUCCGUCACGGGCGCUGGUACGGAUGGCAUGGUCAAUAGUGUCUCGACCGCUGCUUCUCUGCCGUCCAUUGGAACUAGCGUCAAGGCUCAGAGACAAGUUCGAGAUAUUCUCAUAUUCGGAGAGGUCACUAAUAAUUUCAAAAAGUCAUUUUCGGCGUGGGGAGAAGCAACACUACGUGGUCGUGUACGCGCCCAUGAUGGGUUGAUCACAUUGGUGAAGAAUUACCCAAACCGAGCGACGUGGAUUUAUACUGGAUAUGUCGUUGGGGGCGAGAAUUUCGUCGGACGAUGGCGGGAUGCGAAUAGUCCAGAAGAGGUCAACGGAUAUGAGGGACCGUUUGCCAUGAAGCGUCGUCGCUAA